AUGCGCAAGACGCCCUCGAACUACGUCCAAGAUAUCGAGAGAAAUGGGCGCACGGUUACCGUGAUCAGAGGAUUUGAGGGUCAGGACUAUCUGGAGAAGUGGGCCGAGACCGCUGAAGCCGAAGAGGCCCGACUAGCACAACCGUACACCAAGAAGAUUGAGAAGAUUGAGACCGAGCCGACGCCGCAGCUUGAGCAGACUGAGCAUAUUGAGAACCAAGAGCUGGCCCAAACGCCCGAGACGCCAAAGCGCAAGCCAUCCAAGACCCUUUUCUAG